CGUCAGUGGACGUCAUCAAAGUAGCGUCUGCUAAUAAAAUGGCGGCGGCCGAGAUUCAGAUAGUGAAUCCUUCAAAUUUAUCAAAAAUUGAAAGUUUUCUCAAUGAUCCGAGUUACAAAGAGAUUAUUGAGAACUCUUCAACCUUCAAUUCGCGACUAUGUGCGGAAAGGAGGAUGCGUAUGCCAUUUAUCGACACACAGACUGGUGUCGCACAGAGCCACUGCAAUUUGUUCAUGACAAGAAGGCAACGCAUGCCCGGCCAGAAAGAAGGACAAGUGUACACAUACCCCGCACAGAGAUGGCGCAAAGCCCGCCGCCAAUAUCUAACAAUGUCAUCUACGCGGUGGGGAUGGACGGGAGCCGCAGAUAAUCUUGACAAUACUGGAGAAGGAGAGAACAGCUCCGGAGUGCCAGGCGAUGCACUAGCUGGUGAGGACAGUAGAGACGGAUCACAGACUGCUGCUAAGGACGAUCCUAAGGAAUGGUUCUACGAUGAACUAGCAAUGGAAGAAAUGGAAACCGGUGAGGAACCGGAGGCUGAAUCGGAUGAGGACUACUAUGAUGACACAUACGCGAACAGGCGCAAGAGACGUGGUGGGGCUACACCCACGGGUCCUGGUUCUCGGGGUGGACGCACGAGGAAGUCACAACCUGAUGACACACCCGCCAAACGGGGGAGAGCUGGUCGCGGGCGAGGCAAGCGCGCACAAGGUACUCUUCCCUACGAGGUGCCCGGCGACAGUGAAAAACCCUACGGCUGUGAACUUUGCGGGGCCAAAUACAAGACGCGGCCUGGUUUGACGUACCACUUCACUCACACGCACAAGGAGCCGGCGGGAGGGUCAGGCGGGGCUGGUGCCAGUGACGGGGACUCUAGAGACUCCAGGCCUGGGGCCCAUACUCCCCCCGCCCACCAAGUGCCCCCCCUCCAACCCGCGACAGAGUACCAAGACAGCUACGUCACCUUCCUCAAUAACCCUGCUGUGGGCACUGCGGGUGUCCCAACGCCACCAGUACGCCGUGCGUCUCCUCCGCCUCGACCAGCGUCAGCUGACACUUCAAGUUCGGACUCAGCGCAUGUUCCACUGUCUGCGGCCCUGCAUAGUGCUACACCAGCAUCAGCACCUUCGGCAUCUGCUGCAUCAGAGGCUAAGGAGUCCGGAGAGGGUAAAAAGGAUGUGACACCAUCACCAUACUGCGACUUCUGUCUCGGUGACGAUAAUGAAAACAAGAAGACGGGCACUCCUGAAAAGUUAGUCAGCUGCGCCGACUGCGGCAGAUCAGGUAAGAGGCGCGGCCGACCUCCGCGCAACGGUCUCCCAAAACCUUCGUGCUAUCAUCUUGAAAACCGCGUCUGUGAACGUCAUCGGUACCUUCGAGACAGUAUCAAGCUCAAUGGCGUAGUAGAAAUACAUAGUUCCAUGUCCUACUCAGCGGAUGAUUUUGACAACUUCGCUACCCAAACUAAACUUCUCCAUGACGACUACGGUCAGUACCCUGUCUCUCCCCCUUCCCGUCAAAGCCCAACCUACGAAUGUGAUCUCUACGUCACCGGUUCGAAUAAUAUCUAAAACUCUAGUAUUAUUUGUGUGUUUGUCUGUAAAAAGUUCACUGUCAGUGCUCUUUUUGUCGGUCCUACCAAAGAGAAUGUUUGAUUUGAUGGCUAGUUUUAAUUAUUACAUUCCACGUCUCAUACUCUUUUUCGAAUGAAAAGACCUUUGAUGCAUAUUUUAGUAGUUAUAAUCGUGUUAGAAUAGUGACAUCACAAUAUAAAUGUCAAAAUCUUUGUCUAAUGUAAACAUUUAUAAAUCAUAUCCGAACAUAAUUAAUGAUGAUAUCCAUAUGAUAAUUCUAUGUCACAUAUCAUUGUGAAUUUUUAAUCUGUGUGUCAGUGUUGCACUAUGUGAUCUUGGUGUUGCCAUUUUAAUAAAACAACACUUGUGACGAUGGAUGCCAAAUGAUGAGAUAUUUUAAAUUGUUGUCUGUUGUAAUGUUUAUACCUUAAUCGUUUUUUAUUAUUUUUAGUGAGUACAAGUGCCUUAUCAAAAUUACAUGAUUUCGUAUGUGAUCACGCUAGACCGUAGUGUUGCCAGUCGCGUUGUUUUAUAUUAUUAAUAUGUUUUUUAAAGAACAUUCAAAGCUUAUCUAUGGGUAUUUUUUUAUAUUUUGAAUAGUACUUUUAGUAACUACACAAUAUAUAUUACUCCAAUAAAGAGCAGUAACACAACACAGUCGUUACCUGGCAACACUAAGGACAGUAUAAUUUAGUCAUAGCUUCGCUUGAUGCCAAAUAAUGUUGCCACUCAGAGGUCCAUCUGUAGUGGCAAAAAUCGUUCAGAUGUCCUAGCUUUCUAGUCACGCUGCAACAUAGUCACCGCACGCGACACUCCGUGCCCAAUAUAUCUUGAAAUGUGACGUCACAUACGUCAGUUUGACAUCUAAUGUCAUGUGUCAAAAUAGAGUAUAGUUUUCAUAUUAGCCGAGUUGACCUCUAGGCUUUUGAGUCUCAGUCAUACAGUUCAGGAUAAUAUUGGUUACAGAAAUAUAGUUACCCGACUACGCAAGUAUACUUAGCAAUAAUGUUUUUAUGAAAGCAUUUUAAACUCUACACCUCAUUAUUCAUAUAAAACCUGAAUAGUUUUGUUUCUAUCAGGAGGUGGAUGUAUUCCGUUAUGAAACUUAUUAAAUGCAUGUUUUUACGUAGACAUAUCUAUGUAUUAACCCUAGAGUGGGCGCGCUAUGAGCAUUGGGUCGCCCGAGCUAAAAAAACGUAGAUAACUUUUAAAACAAUUGCCCGAUAGUCUUGCACUUUUUUAUCCUUGCUUCUAGUCUCGUUAGCAAUGCGUGCCGAAAGAUUUGACACUAAGUGCGAUAGGGACCGGUUAAGAAGAUGGUUGUUACCAGGGUUUCGCAGGGCGGCAAAAUGCUUACGCGUGGUAAGCUUUUUUUUAAUCACCCACAGACGUUUCGCAAAAAGGGGCGCCCACUCUAGGGCUAAGAUUGCCAACAAACUGUUUUAAGGUCAUAUUUAAACUAAGACAUUGUUAUUAGUCAAAAGUGGGUUUUAAUACUAAAUUUAGUGACUAUUCUAAAGCGUAGGCGGGUUAUAAACAAUAGCUUAUUAUAAAUAUUACAUAGGAGCUUUUACGUGCCUUUUUGAACACCCAUUUUUUUUAUCGUAACCCAAAGAUUUUGAAAGUAAUUUUAGUUUAAAAGAAGACUAACUUCAUGUUGUUAAUGUGUUUUAGCCUUACCUUACGUCAUCGUUGACACUUUUUCAAAUUUAGAAUUUUUAAGCGGCCAGAUUUAUAUGGCUUCCCUUUUUAAAAUUUUCUCAGACCAUAAAGUUAAUUGAUUGAAGUAUCUGCUUUUAUUUAUUUUCUUAAUACACUAAAGUAUGGCAUUGAUGAUAAAAUAUCAUUCCUAUAGCUAUA